AAGUCGCCGCAUUCUAGGUUUAUCACAUACAUUUCAAAAUGGCGGAUUAUUAUUUAGUUUGACAUUUAGACUAGUUCUAAUUUUGAUGUCAUGUUAGUGUUAACCUUUUAAAAUUGAUAACCAAAUGGGUUGACAAAUAAAAAAUGAGCUUUGCUAAACGUAUCUCGUAUGGUCGGUCAGCAACUGUGACUGACAGUGACAGUGCUAUAGCUGAUGAUGAUGAUGACCUGCGUGGAGGAAGAAGGUCAUCGCUUUCAGGCAAAGACAAGUUAAACAGGAACUUGAGUGAAAAGAAACGAAGAGACCAGUUCAAUAUGCUGGUAAAUGAAUUGAGCACUAUGGUGUCGACAACUAACAAGAAAAUGGACAAGUCCACUGUCCUCAAAUCCACUAUAUCAUUCCUGAAGGAUCAUCAAGAAACUGCAAAUCAAGCUCAGGUUCACGAGAUAAAGGAGAAUUGGAAACCUUCAUUCCUUACAAAUGAUGAGUUCAUGCAUCUCAUGUUAGAGGCACUUGACAGCUUUCUACUGGUGUUCACUCAGCAAGGCCUCGUCUUGUAUGCCUCAGAGGGUGUGACAUCUCUGUUAGGACAUUUACCAAGUGACCUGAUAAAUCAGAGUAUCUACGAGUUCAUAGACAAGUCUGAGACAGGCAGCGUACAUAACAUCUUGUACAACCAAAGAGUUUCACCAGCUAAUGACAGCUUUGACAGAGAUGGAAGUCCCAUAUGUUUUGAGUGCAAUCUCCUGCGAGGCAUGAUUGAUCCCCGUAGAACUCCACAGCAGUACGAGAAAGUUCUCAUGCGCGGGAACUGUCGGUAUAUGACAGCUGGUACUGUCAUGGAUGAUCUGGUUGAUUUGCCAAUAGCUUUUAAGCCAGGCCAAGUGUACUUUCUGUGCACUGUGCGUCUGCAGUCCACACAGCUUGUGAGGGAAAUGUCAAUUGUCGAUAGCAACAAAGAAUUCUCAUCUAGACACAGUCUGGAGUGGAAAUUCUUAUUUCUGGAUCAUAGAGCUCCACCCAUAAUUGGGUACCUCCCGUUUGAAGUUCUCGGCACAUCUGGCUACGACUACUACCACCCUGAUGACUUGGACGGAGUCACUAUCAGUCAUGAGCAGUUAAUGAAGACGGGAGAAGGAACAUCGUGUUACUAUCGCUUCUUGACCAAAGGACAACAGUGGAUAUGGCUGAAGUCUCGUUACUUCAUAACAUAUCACCAAUGGAAUUCAAAACCAGAGUUUAUCAACUGCACUAAUACAGUCGUCAGCUAUGCGUCAGUGCGGGCACAGAAGCGCAAGGACCUUGGUUGUGAUGAUGCUACAGCCAGCCAUGAGCCAGUUGCCAAAAUGCAGUUAAUGUCACCAUCGUCAGCUUGCUCUAUAAAUGUUCCAGAUUCCAAUGCUUGCAAUGUAUCUGAUGAUGGUAGUGUGGAGAAGGGGCCCCAGCAGCCUACGUCGACAUCCCAUCAACGCUCACACACUGUCUCACAGCAGCUGCAGAAGUUCUUACACAGGCACAUACAACAGCAGCAGCUGAAGCAGCAACAACAACAGCAGCAGGACUCUGUAGGGAAGUCGAUAUCCAGUCAGGCGACCCAGGCUAUGAGUGCAACUAGUACCACGUUCUCCAGCCAGCACCUGCAGAGGUUCCUGUACAACAAGCCCACAUUACGUGCUGGGGAGAGUCAACAUGCGAGGAUACUGUCUCGGCCCAACAUAUCAACAGCGACUGCACAGUGCAUGGUGCCGUCUGUGAGUAGUACUCCGACAAUGUUGACAGUGCUUUCCAGUCCUGCCACUGAUGUCAGCCCCAUGCCUUCACAACUGGACAUGCUGCCCUCCAAUGUGUACAUGACGCCGGUGCAGAAGCAGCUCCACGAGCAGCUGCAGCGCAAGGCCAGCCAGGUACAGUCCCUGAUCUUCCGUCAGCAGGAGGAGCUCAAGAAGAUACACCAGCAGUUGUUGUUCACCCAGGUACCACAGGUGCCCGCAGCCUUCAAGACUCCUCCCUCUCUCACACCCAACUACAACUCAGAUUCAACAGACAGCCUAGUUGGUAUGCUUGGUAUGGACAGUCAGGAUGCACAGAGUGUACAGAGCCAGUCACCCAACUCACCCCAGCAGGGUGCUAACAACCAGUCCAUGUCUAUAGCGGCUAUGCACAAUGUGUCUGUGAACCAGUCUCAGAUUUUGUCGUUUUCCAUGCUUCCAAAUGAUACAGAUUUCUAUCUCUCAAUAGCAAAUAACUCAGCAGAUCAUUUGUCAAACAACCAGUAGUUGGAAAGGAGGAGACAUAAAUACUGUGUCUUACCUAAACAAAAUGGCUGUGUUGUCAUUCUGUUGGAUCAAGAGAUAGUCCUCACCUAUUUAAAUUUACGUGGAUCGAAGUUGUCAAAGCUAACGAGAUAAGCUUAUAAUUAUGGCCAAGUCAUGACGCUGACUUGGGAACACACUUGGUCAUUCCAACAAUUUGCUCGUGAAGAAAAGGCAUGGAAAGAUCAAUUAGAAGAGUGGUUUCCAGCAACAUGACAAGUGUGUUGUAUUAUCCACCGAUCAGCCACCGAUAUCUCUCUAGGAUCACAAGUAUGACACUGUAAAUAAGUAGUGCUCCAGGGUUGUGCACUGUUUUCAGUUGUGCUUCACCAAUAUACACUGUUAAUUACCAGUGAUAUACAGUUGUUCCCUUUUUGUUAAAAGUACUAUUGCUUUUGCAAGUUUAAAACGAUCAGAAUUUUCCAUGUUUAUCUAUUUGUUUUGUGUUUCAGAAUGUGGUGUUUAUAAAUCACAGGCAUUAGUUAAAUUAAAUAUGCUGUUUUUGAUGUGGAAAGGAGGAAGCCUAUAGAAGUAAACCAGCAAAAAAAUAAAGAUCACAAGCAUUAUAUAAUACAAAUGGUUUCUGUACAAUAUCUAGAGAAUGCUUUAUUUAAGAUUAUAUAUAUUAGUAUACUGGUUAGUUUGAAAGAAAGCAGGCCCUGAUCGAUUCUGAGCUUAAGAAAUCAAAUAUCAAAGUCACAGGGUGUUUGGUAUAAUUAAAAAACUUACUAAUUGCACAUGUUGACAUCAUUGGAGUUCAUGUUUGCAUACAUCUCCUGAUAUAAUUAAAAUUAUGAAAAAAGAUAGUCAAGUAAACAUUUGCCACUUACAUAUCUCAAAUUUCACCUGUACUAAGUUUAUAUAAUAUUUUAAAGAUACCAACUAUUUAUGCUUCUUUGAUCUUCCAAAAUGAAAGGUACAUGAAAUAAAUGUACGAAAUUUGGGUGCUAAAAAAUGUUGUACUAGCAUUUUGUUUGUUGCAUCACAUUGCCAAUCUUGCCACUUUGACAAUGUGUAAAUUAGUUAAAAUGGUUGCUGUGUAGUAUAUUCUAGAGUUAAGAAUUCUUCAAUGUUUAGUAAGGUCUUAUAAUAAUAUCUCUUUCAAAACAAAUGAAGUUUUGCUCUGAAAACUAGAAUUGGUAAAUUAUUUACACUUUUGCUUUAACUUCUUUUAUGCCCCCGGUAGGGUGGCAUAUGGCAGUUGAACUGUCAGUCCGUCUGUCAGUCUGUGCGUCCGCCAGAAAACUUUAAAUUUGGCCAUUACUUUUGCAAUAUUGAAGAUAGCAACUUUAUAUUUGGCAUGCAUGUGUAUCUCAUGGAGCUGCACAUUUUUGAGUGGUGAAAGGUCAAGGUCAUCCUUCAAGGUCAAAUGUCAAAUAUAUGGCCUCAAAGCGGCGCAAUAGGGGGCAUUUUGUUUCUGACAAAUACAUCUCUUGUUCUCUUAUAUUAUGAUGAGUUUAUUUUUCUCAUUUAUUUGUUUAUUUAUUGAUUGGGAAUGUUUUAUGUUAUUCAAAAGCUCCUAAUACUUCUACCAUUAAGAGUUUGCAUGUUAGUGACUUGUUAUGCGUUUUUAAAUAAAUGUCUGUAACUUAUUUUUGAAAACGAUGCAACAAGUUUGAUAAAUGUUGCUUAGUUGUAUGUAUCAUAUUACACUAUAUUGCAAAAUACAAUCCCUAUGUGUAUAUAUUGUACAUUAGCAUUCCACUGUAACUGACAGCAUUCUGAUGCUCAUGCCUUAAAACUUCUUGUUUUUAAGCCCCCAAUGGUACACAUAGUUUUGGCAUUGCCUGUCAGUCUGAGUUUGUGUCCUCACUUUUUAGUUUCCACUCUCGCACUGAUCCUGUUUUCAUCUGAUGGUCAUCAAACCUUCGGAAAACGUUUAUGAGCUCAAAAUGGAGGCCAAUGUAAUAAUUACUACCAGCCAAAUCUGUACAGUCACUUUGGAGUAACAGCUGUCUGUUGAAAAUUUCUUUCUACCCAAUAAAAUUGCCAUAUAUUGAUUGAACUUUUAUAAUAAUUUGUCACAAAUGUAAACCAUUGCAAGAAGAUGUGUAAUGUGUAACACCUUACCUGAAAGUUCGAGCUAUGGUCAAAGGUCACUUUUGGCCAGAAAACAUCUUAAACAUUAAUGCCUCAGCCAAAACAUCGCCAUCUUUUGAUGGAUUUUUAAAUGCUUGGCACAAAUUUAAACUAUAAUAAGACCUUGUUUUGUGUGUAUCUGUUGUUGCCCUACAUUAUAGGUCAAGGUCACACUUUGAGGUCAGAGGUCAAAUUUUGCCACAAAAAAGCUUGUCUGGACUGAUUUUGUCAUUCAUCAUACACAUUUUAAAUAACUUACCAGAAAUUACCACCUUGAUGAAAUGUGAUGUUGCCUGUACACCAGCUCAUACUUAAAAGUCAAUAUCAAAUUUGGCCAUAAAACAGUGUUUAUUUGACGAAGGUUUGAUGUGUGGGUAACCAUAUCAUAUGGACACAAUUCUUUCGCAAACUCACUCUGAUAGUGCUAUGGUAAGAGCUGUAGGGAAAUAGUGUUAUAAAUGUCCGUGUUUUUGUUUGUUUUAGCGUGUGACUUUGGGAUUUUGAAAUAAAUAGUGGCAAUAUCAUCAUCUCAAGACCACAUGUCACAUGCAACUACCAGUGUGGUAGCUUCAAGAUAAAGGUCACGAAGGAAACUUUUAGGUCGUGCAUGUAAGUUGUAUGACCUAUAUCUUUGUCCUGCAUAAUGAGAUUUUGAAACAAAUCUACACUAAUAAUCAAUAUAUCUGGACGAUGUGUUGCAUUCAAGUGUAAGGUAAAGGUCACAGGGGACUCUUGAAGUCAUGCAUAGAACAUGUUUAUUUAUUGAUAGUUGAUGAUCAUAUGAUUAGUUCUAUUUCUUAAUUAUCUUUGGCAAAAUUCAUCAUUUAAAGAUGAGCUUUCUGAAAGGUCUACAUCAAAUAUGUGAAAUAGGCUUAAUGUGUUACAGCAUUUUUAAAGGACUGGUAUAUAUAUUCUGUAUUAUCCAUUCACACAAUGUGUGGCAAAUGACAAUCGUUUUCUUAACCCUUUACCACUUAGAUAUGUAUUUUGAUGCAUUCGUGGUCCCACAUAAAGUUCAAUUUAAUUAAAGACCUUUCUUACUAGAUUCAAGUUUUAAAGUUUUCAUUUACAACCCAUAGAUACUGAUGAGUAGCAAACAGCAUAAAACCUGAACAGACUGCGAGUCACUCACAGGCUGUUCUGGUUUUAUGCUGUUUGCACAUAGCCAUUUUUACUUCGCUUCUGAGUGGGAAAGGGUUAACAGUGAAAUAUAGCUGGAAAUCUGUGUUCUUGGGUCACAUUUUAGUGUUGAUUCUGGCAAAAAAUAACAUUCCUAGUCAUUCCAAGUUUGUAAAUACUGAUGAUACUGUUGCCAAGUAUUUUUAAUAUUCUUUACACAGGCUUCAAAGCUAUAAUUAAUUAUUUACAUAUAAUUAUAAGCAGGUUCUUAAUGAAAAAUUGUGCAGGAAAGAUUAUCACUGUUUAGGGUGUAUAGAUUAUUUGUAUAUUAGACAUUUCAAAAUAUGUUGUUUAUAAGCAGGUUCUUAGUUGAAACAUUGUAUAUAAAAGUUACACUGUUUAAUGUGUAUAUGUUGUUUACGUAACUUGUUGUUGUUUUUAGAUGUAUAUUUUAUCAAUAGUUGAUUGUAAUUAUGUUGUUAUUUUUAAUAAGGGCAACCCAGAAUUUACAUUUAUCAUUUUAUCUUGCAGCUUUAUAUCUUCAAAGUAAAGGUUCUUAUAUUAUCUUGUUGGUUCUUACAGGUAAAUAAAAACUCACAAUAACAUGUUCUUUAAAGCUGUAUACAAUUUACAUUCAAUUAAAGCAUGUCUGAUUUUCAUUCACCUUUUAUUUGUAGGAAUUUUGAAAGUCUGUUGUAUAACAAUUGAUUACAAAACUCCACGUGGUGAGUGAAGUGUUCAUAUAGUAGCUAUCAUCUCAGUUUUGAUCAUAUACUGGCCAUGCUCUGUGAAGAGGGGGUUUAAUACAUGUGCAUAAAGUGUCGUCCCAGAUUAGCCUGUGCAGUCAGCACAGGCUAAUCAGGGAGGACACUCUCCGCCUUAAAUAGAUUUUUGCUAAGAAGAGACUUUCUUUUAAACAGAAAUUAUCAUACAAGUGGAAAGUUGGAAAUGUUUUCUUUUUCUUUCUGCAAAGGCACAUUAAAAUGAGAUCGAUUUCAGUUCUCUUUCAAGUUGUGACUUAUUCUGGACCGAGUGUGAGGUUGUGCUAGCCUUCAACUCGGUUUAAAGUUCCAAUAUUUUGCAUCGAUAAUCCCAUUGUGUCAUUUUAUUUACACAAUUUAUGUUCUGUUCAAAAGAAGAAGAUAAAAAAGAAUUUUUCUGUUGAUAGAGUUUCUAGAGUUUCAUUGUUUGCUAUAUUAAAUAGGUUCAUUCUAAAUAAUCCGUUUAUACUGUUUGAUAUAGAAUAUGGCCAGUUUUCUCAGUCUGUCUUUCUAGUGUUGUUGCUUUACAUUAAUUACAUCUAGUUCAUUUUCUGGUUCCCAAUUGUGAACCCAACUUACACUGCAUGUAGUUAUAUGACUACGAUAUAUAUUAUUGAUGAUUGUUUGAAUACGUCAAAUAUGUAGUAUGUUUUUUGUGAUCAUGCUCACUUCAUGACUUGUACAUAAAAAAGCAUGCGGCAAUGUCCUGUUGAUUUUAUGCCAAAAAAUGUUAAUAAAGCCAAAUAGUUUA